CCUAGGAAAAUCCAUAUGCCGCAGGAGCAGCCCAAGAAAUGGAAAAAACAAAACAAAACAAAACAAAAAAACCCUGCAAUACAGGAUGGAGAAUAGUGGAGGAAUUAGUUAGAAGAGGGGCCUAAGGAACUUGCCAUAAAAGAGCAUUUGUUGUAAGCAUGCUGAUUUUACUGAGAAUGUUUAUUUAUUUUGGGUGGCUUGGUAGAGAAAGGAGCUUACUGCAAGCAUCCUCUUAAUGCUACCAUACCUGUCUUAGUGCAUUCGGAGUAGAAAACACCAGACUGGGUAGCUUAUAAACGGCAGGAACUUAUUUUUCACAGUUACAGAGGCUGGGCAGUCUACGAUCAAGGCACCACGGUGGCUGCAGUCUAGUGAGAGCCCUCUUCCUUCAUUCCCAGCAUUUUCUCCCUGUGUCCUCACUCAAUGGAUGGGACUAGGGAACUCUGUGGGGACUCUUUCAUAGGAACACUAAUUCCAUUCAUGACAGCUCUAGCUUCAUGUCCUAAGUAUCUCCCUAAGGCCCCGCUUCUUAAUACCAUCACACUGGGCACCAGGAUUUCAAUAUAUGAAUUUGGUGGGACACAAACAUCCAGACCAUAGCAAUAUCUUAACCCCUUUUAACCUCAGUUUCUCCAUCUAUAAAAUGGAAGUAUUAGAGUACAGUCCCCAUAGCGUUGUUGUAAGAAUUAAGCAAAAUAUAGUAUAAUGCAUGCAAAUGUCUUAACACAUUGCCUGGCACACUCAAUAAGUUUACUAUUAUAUUACUCCUCUCCUCAAAAUCCUAUGAAUGACUCCAUAUUGACUAUUGAGUAAAAUGCACGGCCCUCUGAGGCCUAUCUAGCCACACACUAUCUUCCCAGUUUUAUUCCUCCCAACAUUCAUCCAGAGUCUAUCCAUAAUUUGCUUCCUGUUCCCUCUGCCCAUAGAUGUCGACAGGGCUCCCUUCUUUACUUCCUCAGGUCUCUGCUUGAACAUCACCUUACCAAAGAGGUGUCUCCUGACUCAGCCCUCCAAAAAGUAACAUACACUCACUCAUUCACUUACUAGCAACUUCAUAAUUUCCUUGCCACUCUAUUUUUCUCCAUAGCACUCCACAGAUGCAUCAAUUUAGAUAGACUUUAUUUUCUGUGCCUCCCCACUAGAAAGUAAACUCCAUAGAGAUUGCUUUGUGGGUGUUGUGUACAUAUGCUGAUCUCCUAGAACAGUAUUUAGCACAUAAGAGGUUCUCAAUAAAUAUUUAUUGUAUAAAUGUUUACACAGAAUUUCUUUGCUUAUUAUGUUUCAUCAACCUAAGAUGCCCUUUCUGCACUGCCACCCACAAAAAUUCUAUUCAUUCUUCAACGCUUACUUAAAAUGCACUUCUGUGAAACUCCUAAUUCCCCCAAGCAGAACUCAUUGUUCUAUCUGCUGCAACACGAUUAUAAUUUGGUUUAGCUUGGGUUUAGUCUGUCUUGUAAUUUUUUAUUAUCUUGCUUUUCUACCUCUAGCCUGUAAACUCCUUAAAGUCAGAGUCUGUCUCACCUUAUUGUAUACCAUGCUACCUCACCUUCUCUUUCUCACAUACCAUGCCAAUUCCCCACCCCUACCUGCUACCUGAUAGUUCCGCAUUGCUACCAAAAAUACAUAGGUCAAAAGAGGGAGACUCUCAGUAUUUGCUUAACUAUUUGAAGGGAAUGACAUUCCAGAAUGAAAGAAACAGAAGCAGGUGCUAGUUUGUAUGAAAUGGUAUAACUAUAGCUAUUUUUUAAGCAGAUAUGAAUGUGCCAUACUUUAAAAGAGUUGGAAGGAAUAUAUGUAAAUUGUUUCCAUGAAAUUCUAUUCAUAUAGUUAUAAUUUAAAUGUAUUAUCUAGCAAAAUAUUAGGAAAGUCUUUAUCAGAAAACUGAAGAGGUUCAAACCAUUCUGGUAAAAAAGCAAGAAAAAGUCUCCCUAAGAAACCCAAGGUGAUUGGCUAAGUGGCACCUUUUAGUUCCAAUGUGGUUCUUUAUGAUGUCACUGAGCUUAUCCCUGAAUCACUAUGACUGAUGAUGUUACCAUGGUCAUCAGUAUAUAUUUUGCUGACUAGGAAAAUUACCUCAAGUGCUUUCUGGAGCACCGCAUUAACUAAUACUCAGGGUGUUUUUGCUCUGUCUCUAACCAAUUUUUUGACUAUAAUUUUUUUUUCCCGAUUAAGAAAGAAAAAUGUCCACUCAAGGACUAUCCCUGAUUUUUUCUCUGUUGGUUAUCUGCUUCUUCAGGGGGAGCCUCUGCAUUUGUGAUGGCACUACCUGGACAAAGGUUGGAUGGGAGAUUUUUCCAGAAGAAAUGCAUUAUCUGAAAGUUAAGCCUCCUCCAUCCCACUGUUUACCUUACCCUCUGGACAAACUAUGCUGCAGUUUUGCUAAUACGGACAUAUUUCAGGGUUGUUUACAUCUUACUUAUAUUUUAGCACAAGCUCUACUUUUAAUCUUGUUUGUUUUGUCUGCACAUUACCUGUGGAUGAAAUGGAAGAAACACAAAAAAAAGCUGAAGAAACAAGCCUCCUUAGACACAUCUGGUAAUGAUAUAGAAAACCAGUCCGUUUAUGACAUUGACCAAAUACUCUUCAAACUGGUGGCCACAACAUCAAUGAUGACCAAGUACCUGAAUCAGGUGUCCCACCACCCUCCAGCUAAGAAAGUCAAGCACCGAAAACUAAAGAGGAAGAAGAGUGAAGGAGGAGAAGGACUCAGGAGAUACUAGAAAGAUCCAUGUGCAAAUAUAGCUCAGUCCAAUAUGGACACUGCACAAGAAAUUUAUUGAAAGAACUUGUAAGGAUAAAAAUGGUUCUUUGGGAACCUUUGUAAUUUUUUGCCACAUUCUUUACUGAAACUUUCCAAGGAAGCCUGAGUUGAAAAGCUACUCUUCAGCUAAAACAGCAUCCAUACUUACUAAAAGUACUGGGGAAAAGACUGUAUACACUCACUUCUUCAUGUUUAGGUGUUUUGUUCUUUUUAAUGUGUUAAAUUACUAAUCAUUAGGCAAUCUGUAGAAUAGAAUCUUGAUUUAAUGUUUCAAUAAAUCUCUGAUUUAAAUACUGUUUGUGAUUUUUCUGUCAGCUGAGCAAAUUUUAUGUCCACGAGGAGACUUUUAAUUUUCCAUCUCAGAUUGUUAAAAAUAGUAUGGAAAUAUGAAGGAAUAGAUUAAUUUUUAAAGUAUAGAUGUUUCUAUUUUCAGUAGAAUAAGUGAAGAAUUAAAUAUUAACACUUUCUAAUUUCAAACUUUUGUUGAUAAGAUGCCUCAGUUUUUAUUCCACACUUUUAUGGAUCUGCCACCUCAAUUUUUUCAAAAAAAAUUCCCUAUUUUCCAAACAAAAACUGAGAGACUUGGUCUGAGACUAGGACAGAUUUUAUUCACAUGUUGAAAAAUCCUAGAAAAAUAUGCCAAAUCUAUAACACAUCUCCCAUCAAUAUAAGGGGGAAAGCUUAAAAAAAAAAAAAACAAUCAUUUGCACAGUAAUAGUGCUAUGGUCUUCACAAGUAACAGAAAGAAGCCUGCCUUGGGUUAUUGUAAAUUACUAAGAGCUGUUUUAUGGUUCCACUUUCUAGACCCUCCUUGCUUCCACUCUUCCACAGCACAGCCCUGCUCCCACAUGUCCAUGAAUACUUGUUCCAUCCCUUUACGGUUCUUAACUGUCAACUAAUCCCUUCUAAGAGAACACUGAUAAUAUAUUUCUUUUAAUGGAGGACACUUGAGUACUUAAAAAGUCUACAAACUUCAAAAACCCAAAGACAUUUCUCUCUAAUAGUGGAAUCUUCAGUAGUAUAGACAACUCUCUGGGGUAGGGAGUCCUCAAUCUUGUAACCUCUCCAGAUGAUUCCCACUCCAGAUGUUCUUGUUUACUAGAACAAGAAAUGGGAGUGGUUUGUACUCUUAAGUCUGAAUUAAACAAAUGUAAUAUUUUAUGUUAAGUAGUUUGUAUUUCUGACAUUCUACAGCUACAUUACCAUGAAGUUCCAAUUCUGACAAUUCCAUUCUGACCUGGAAACGGAACAAUUAUAGUACUAUAGUCUUCUUUUAUCUUCACUGAUAGGAAAUAGUAGGUAUAAUUCCCCCAAGAUUGUAAGGAUGCAAACUAGGAUGUGAUGGCGAUCUGGCUGCGACAUCUGUCACCCCACUGAUUUCCAGGGUUGAUUCGGCUGAUCUGGCUGGCUAGGCAGGUGUCCCCUUCCUCCCUCACCGCUCCAUGUGCGCCCCUCCCGAAGCUGCAGGCUGGGUGGAAGAGGACAACCAUCCCCGAAAGAGGAGGACUGUUCUUUGGUCAAGGGUAUGCGAGUAGCUGCGCUCCCCUACUAGAACCUCCAAACAAGCACUCAAGGAUGCAAACUAAACAGGUGGACAUUAGGGAGAAGGAAACAAAUGAAACUCAAUACCCACUAAGUCCCAAACUUUAAGUUACAGAAAAAUUUGUUCCUGGAUUGUGUUUUUUAAGUACCAUGGGUCAUUCUUCAAAAAAUGAAUUUUAAGGGAGUUCCCAUUGUGGCUCAGUGGAAAUGAAUCUGACUAGUAUUCAUGAGGACAAAGGUUUGAUCUGGCCUUGCUCAGUGGGUUAAGGAU